AUGCCGUACAGUAAUAAGACCGAGAGUCCCAAAGACUCGAGCGAUAGUUUCGACGACAAAACGGCACUGGACCCGUAUCCGGGAACCGAGGCCGAUUUCGUUGUCGACAACAGCCCGUUCGCUUUCACGCCCGGCGAGCUGAACAAAUUCCUUAACCCGAAAUCGCUAGCGGCAUUCAAGGCGGUAGGCGGAAUACGGGGGCUGGAGGUUGGGUUGCGGACGAAUCUUACCGCCGGGCUAAGUUUGGACGAGGCCCACCUGGAAGGGAAGGUUUCGUUUGCGGAUGCAACUGACGCAGCCAAGGCUGGCAGGGAUGCUGCUGAGCAGGCUGCGGUUCUGCGCACGCAGACCAACAAAUCAGCCGGAGCCACCACACCGCAGUCGCAGCCUGGUGCGUUUGCCGACAGGAAGAGAGUUUUCAAGGAUAACAGCCUGCCGUCGAAAAGGGCCAAGAGUAUUUGGCGCCUGAUGUGGGAGCAGUACAACGACAAGAUUCUGAUACUACUUACUAUCGCCGCCGUGGUUUCGCUGGCACUCGGCCUGUACGAGAGUUUGGGCGUUGAGCACAAGCCCGGAGACCCUCCCGCUGUCGAUUGGAUCGAGGGUGUUGCUAUCUGCGUCGCCAUCAUCAUCGUGGUCCUGGUUGGUUCUCUCAACGACUGGCAGAAGGAACGGCAGUUUGUCAAGUUGAACGCCAAGAAAGAGGAUCGUGAAGUCAACGUUAUCCGCUCGGGCAAAUCCGUCCCGAUCAAUGUCCAUGAUGUUCUCGUCGGAGAUGUUCUUCACUUGGAGCCCGGCGACAUGAUUCCGGCCGAUGGUAUUUUCAUUCAAGGCCACAACGUCAAGUGCGAUGAGUCCUCAGCCACCGGAGAAUCCGACCAGAUGAAGAAGACCGCCGGUGAGGAGGUCUUCAGGCGCCUGCAGAACGGUACUGCGAGCCAAAAGCUCGAUCCCUUCAUGAUCUCUGGUUCUAAGGUCUUGGAGGGUGUCGGCACGUACGUCGUCACGUCUACCGGUGUCAACUCUUCUUUCGGUAAACUCAUGAUGUCGCUCCACCAAGAAGUCGACCAGACUCCCCUCCAGGCCAAGCUCGGCCGUAUGGCGGAUGCUAUCGCGUACUUGGGUGGAGGCGCCGCUCUGCUGCUCUUCGCUGUCCUGUUCUUCCGCUUCUGCGCCGGUCUCCCCAACGAUAACCGGACUCCGGCCCUGAAGGGAUCGGCUUUCCUGGAUAUUCUCAUCGUCGCCAUCACCCUUAUCGUCGUCGCCAUUCCCGAGGGUCUUCCUCUCGCUGUCACCCUGGCUUUGGCCUUCGCUACUACUCGCAUGCUCAAGGAGAACAACCUCGUUCGUGUUCUUCGUGCUUGCGAGACUAUGGGCAACGCGACAACCGUCUGCUCCGACAAGACCGGUACUCUGACCCAGAACAAGAUGACCGUCGUCGCCGGAACAAUCUCGAAGGACGCCAAGUUCAUGGCUAGCCCCGACAACUCGUCCACCCCCGCCCAGGUCGUCACUUCCUUCUCGGCACCCCUGAAGGAUCUUCUCCUCAAGAGCAUCGCCAUCAACUCGACCGCUUUCGAUGGAGAGGAGGAUGGUGUUGCUACUUUCAUUGGCUCCAAGACCGAGACCGCAAUGUUGUCCUUCGCCCGCGAUUUCCUCGGUAUGGGUUCGCUCGACUCCGAGCGGUCUUCCGCCAAUGUUGUCCAGAUGAUCCCCUUCGACUCUGGACGUAAGUGCAUGGGUGUCGUUGUCAAGCUCUCGAACGGUGUCUACAGACUCAUGGUUAAGGGUGCAUCCGAGAUCCUCCUCGCCAAGGCCACUCACAGAUUGGCCGAUGUCACCUCCAACGAACUCUCCAAGGUUGAGCUCUCCGCUGGAGACAUCAAGGAGCUCAAUGACACCAUCAACUUCUACGCUGAGCGCUCGCUCCGCACCAUCGGUAUGCUGUACAAGGACUACCCGCAGUGGCCUCCUGCCGGUGCGAUGACUCUCGAGGAUGAUCCCCGCCACGCCAACUUCGAUGACAUCUUCAAAGAGAUGAUUUUCCUCGGUAUCGUCGGUAUCAUGGACCCUCUCCGUCCCGGUGUCACCGAAGCCGUCAAGCAGUGCCAGAACGCCGGUGUCGUGGUCAGGAUGGUUACCGGUGACAACGUCGUGACUGCUCAGGCCAUCGCUAGCGAGUGUGGAAUCUUCACCGAGGGAGGAAUCGUCAUGGAAGGACCCAAGUUCCGCUUGCUCACCGAGCCCGAGAUGGAUCAGAUCCUUCCCAAGCUCCAGGUUCUCGCUCGUUCGUCGCCCGAAGACAAGCGCAUUCUCGUUCGCCGUCUCAAGGAGCUCGGAGAGACCGUGGCUGUCACCGGUGACGGAACCAACGAUGGCCCCGCUCUCAAGAUGGCCGAUGUAGGUUUCUCGAUGGGUAUCGCUGGUACCGAGGUUGCCAAGGAAGCUUCUUCCAUCAUCCUCAUGGACGACAACUUUGCUUCGAUCAUCAAGGCUCUCAUGUGGGGCCGUGCCGUCAACGAUGCUGUCCAGAAGUUCUUGCAGUUCCAGCUGACCGUCAACAUCACCGCUGUCCUGCUCACCUUCGUCUCCGCUGUUUCUUCCGCCGAUGGAUCGUCGGUCCUUACCGCGGUUCAGCUGCUGUGGGUCAACCUCAUCAUGGACACCUUCGCUGCUCUCGCCCUGGCCACCGACGCACCCACUCCUGCGAUUCUCGACCGCAAGCCGUCGCCGAAAUCUGCUCCCCUGGUCUCCCUCAACAUGUGGAAGAUGAUCAUCGGACAGGCGAUCUUCCAGCUGAUCAUCACCUUCAUCCUCCACUUCGCGGGCAAGGACAUCUUCCCGACCUGGACGCAGAAGCAGCUCGACACCGUCGUCUUCAACGCGUUCGUGUGGAUGCAGAUCUUCAACGAGUUCAACAACCGUCGUCUCGACAACAAGUUCAACAUCUUCGAGGGCAUUACCAAGAACUACUUCUUCAUGGGCAUCAACUGCGUGAUGGUUGGCGGUCAGAUCAUGAUCAUCUUCAUCGGCGGGCAGGCGUUCAGCAUCGAGUCCAUCAACGGACCCCAGUGGGCCGUCUCCGUCGUCGUCUCCCUCUUCUGUCUGCCCUGGGCUGUCCUGAUCCGCUGCGUGCCCGACGAGUUCGUCGGUCGCAUGUGGGACAGGUCUGUUGCCAUCUUUGGUCCCCCCGUCAAUGCCACUAUCCGCGGCUACCAGAGCAUGCGCAGAGCGCUCUCGUUCAGGAGCAAGACCAAGGUCGUGUCGGACGAGGAGACCACUGCCACUCCCACCACCACCUAA